UACGAAGAAAGCUGAGCUCGUCUGACAAAAACAAGGGCUGGGACUCCAGCGAGAGGAGCAGUGUGCCUGAUACAUAUCUAGCACAGGCUCUUCGUCCAUUUAAAACCUUUUUUAUACGUUUUUAAGUUUACAUUUUUAGAGAAAAAGAACAGUAGCGCAUCAUGUUGUCGGUUAGUUCAGCCCGUCAGCUCUGCAAAAUGUUUUUCUCCUUGCACGUUUUUCUGAGCGUGGCCAUGGUGGAGAGCAGCGCAUCGAACGGAAAUAAAAAAGACUGCAUGAAAUCCAAAGGUCUGGAGUACAGAGGGGAACAACAGAGCUCCUCCUCAGGUCUGACCUGUCUAAACUGGACCAACACCACUAGAGACUAUGAUGUUCAACUCCAUCCUGAUUCACAGACAGGUGUGGGAGAUCACAAUUACUGCCGAAACCCAGACUCCUCUGAGAGGCCUUGGUGCUACAUUACUGGCCCAGAUGGGACAGUCCAGAAACAAUUCUGUGCAGUUAACACAUGUAAAGACCAAGCCUCUACUGUAGCAGCAGAGGCCGAAUCCUUCGAGCCAACAGGAACCAUUCCCUCCACAGAGAGCUUUCAGCCGGCCAAGUCUGGAGCUUCUCAGGGAGAAGUUGCUGCAGUGCAGCCAGUGAUGGGAAUCAGCCAGCGAGCGCGCACAGGACCAAAAAAGAAAAAGGACCUUGGCACACUCGGCUACGUUAUCGGCAUCCUCAUGAUGGCGAUUAUAAUCCUCCUCGGAGUAGGCAUCACAGGAGGCUACUUCUAUAAGAGGGCUCGGAACUUAAAGAAGCAGCAUGAGCAGCGAGUGUAUGAGCGCGAGAUGCAGAGGAUCACUCUGCCCCUGUCGGCUUUCUCCAACCCCACCUGUGAGCUGGUGGAUGAGACCACCAUUGUGAUCACGGCAGAGCACGAGACAACCCCCGCCCUGGAUGGCAUGGAGGCCGGGGAGCUUCUCAUGGGCCAGCAAGCCGGGACACCCGGAGCAUGAGGAGGUGUGUAGUCCUUGAACGCAGGACUAUGAUAACAUUUUUGUGGACUAAAACACUUCUUCACAGCUUCGUUUCUCCUUUCUGCCUCCCUGAGUAACCUCCGUUUUAAAAGGAGCAGGGGAGCAGUGUUCACUUCAAAGAGAACUGAAUACUGUCCUUUGUGUCCUCUUUUCUUUGGUUUUUAUAAAUCUGAGGCACAAACAAGAUAAGCUGUGGACACAAUUUUAAGUUAGAAACUAUUAAGGGGAAUCAGUUAUUAAUGAAGAUAUGUCAUGAGUUCUUUAAUAUUCAUUUUUGAUAUUUGAUAGCCAAAACAAUACGAUCAUGGGCUGCUCCCUUCAAAAACAGUAUGAAUAUAGUCUAAUGGACUUUUUGUUUGGUGUUUGUAAUGGGGGUUAAUAACUUUUUUCCAUGUGGAGAAGGUGCCUUCCACAGGAGGUUUAAUUUGUACUGACCUGUUUGCUGUGUCGAGGGAGACGUGGAUGAGAAACGUGUAUGUAUAAAGAUUGCUUUGUCUUGGAGACACACUGGUGACAUAGAUCUGUCUAAAAAUAUCCUCCUCUGAGACAGGAUGAGGGAACACGAGGUAAAACAGGCCCACUAAAGACAAGGGAAGGCCACCAACUCUGCCUUAGCAUGAUACUCCUGAAUAUAUUUGUUUAUCUUUAACCCGGAUGGUUUUUUUUUCCUCUUUGUACUCUGGCCGAUGCGGUUACAAAGCAUGACGGGUGGUCAUUGGCAGACAUGAAAGAGGACUUGCCCUUUUCUUACACAGGUUAAGGAGUGACAGGAAAUAUACAGAGUGCUCUCAAGAAGCAUGAGAGAGACAGAUGGUCCUCAGGACAGAACAGCACUGCCACAACACAGAUCAGAAAAGAAAAAGUCUGUCUUGCAGAGCAGGACAGCGAGUGUGUUGAAGUGCUGAAAAAGUCUGGUGAUCCAGACAUUUGAGUUAUGCAUUUGAUGCUUCAGGGUAGAAACAGGGAUGGAGUAAAAUAGAAACAGUCCAAAGUUUAGUGUUCAUUCAAAAACACGAGUGCAUGCACAUGGUUACCUGCUGUAUGUUUGUAUUCAGGGGCCAUUUUUUUGCAUCUUUAAAAGUAGAACUACUGAUUGAAAGGAGACAUUUUAAAAAAUAUCUACCUUGUAAAAGAAAUGAUCGUACACAGAAGAUUUAAGUUUUCACUGUUAGUUUCCAUCGUAUUGCCAGUUUGUUUAUUCCCACUCCGUCACUCCAUGUGAUCUUGUUUUGUGAGUAAUGCUGGACCCAUGUGACUGUAAAUCUUUGGUUACUGCUGCUCCAUUAUUUUAAGUGUCUGUGUGCUGGUUGUAAUUGAUUAUUUUCUUCAUAAGCAACGUGUUCAAAAUACUGUUCAGCAUUUGAAUUUAAUACUUUGUAUGAAUGCAGAUUUCCACCGCUGAGGCUGAAAUAAAACAUCAAACUCAGAAAUGA